UGAAGGGCUCCUCCAAGGUCAUAAUGGGAGCAACACUGGCGAUGGUGGUGAGCCUUGCCAUUGUUUUGGCCCUAGUUCUGGUGCUGCUAGCUGAGCUUUACUGCAGUCUUUUACUUCGCCGGCGUCAACUAAGAUCCACCUCCAACACCACCACCUCUGCCACCUCUACCACCACAUCCACCACCAAUACUUCCCUGUCGCAGUCACCACAACCCCAUCAUCAACCGCCUUCUCUUCCUCCAUCAAGCUACUAUGCUCAAGGGGUCCUUCGGGCACCAAGAAGUUUCUUAUUCCCUGCAGUUUCACCCAGCACAGAAAACAAGUUGGCAGAAACAAGAAAAGAACGCUCUCAACUUCAUCGUGUCAUCGAAGUCCAUACCCAAGAAUUAAACCCAGGUCUCAGCCCCCAGCAAAUUGGUCUCAUAAACAUUUCACCUCCAUCAACUGCCUUGGUAUCUUCACCCCAUCAAGUUGACGAAAUCCCUGUUCAAAUUAGGAGCAGCAAUGCCUGUAACGACAGGGAAUGUGCUGGUUGUGGAGAACAUCUUGUUUACAUAUCUAAUCCCAUUUACGACAAUGAUGCAAGCAGACCAAGCAGGGUGGAUACCCCAUAUGAAACUCCUGAUUCUUCACCAUCACGUUUGGAAACAUGCGGUUCUAGUUCAGGUGAAGAAGAAAUAGCCUUACCAUCCCCAUCUGCUCCACAUUCAGUCCCCGGGACCCCUCCAUUGACUCCAAUGAAGAAGCUCCCAGCUAAGGCUUGUUCAGUUUCAUUGAGAGAUGCAAGGUCUCUGGGCACUUCAGGGAGUGAUUCUGUUAGUAACAAUGGCCUCUCAUCAUCAUCCUCAGGCUCUCCAUGCACAUCUCCUUCAUGGUGAUUAGCAUUUAAUUUUAUGUUAACCUUUACGAGUUGCAUGCCUGCAUUGUGAAUACGGUGAAAGCUAGAGUGAAGAAGUCCCUACCACCUUUUUUUCUCUUUUGCUGACAUGGCUACUGCUCGGUCACCCGAGCCCGCGCUUAUGCUAAAUAGAAUAAUCUUUUAGGUCAAGUGGGAGUCCCCCCCUCUCUCUCUAUCUUCACUCUGCAGAAAUGCCUCUCUGGUUUCAUCUGCUUGUAAUUGUACGGGGUGUUUUUGGACUUCCAACUGGGUUCUGGUGGAAGACUGAACCAACCAACCAAGCAUUAAUUUUGAUUUUUGUUUGUUUUUAUUGUAGACGCAUGUGAAGAGGUCAGGAUUGGAAUAGAAAAAUUAAAAAAAAAGAUAUCUGUUUUUGAGGGACCUCGGAUUCCUGUCUCGAUGCAUGAAAAGCACAAAACAAACUGUCACCUGCGAGGUGUUUGUCCACUGUAGAAUACGACCAGACCAGGAGGCCAGUCAUAUUGUGUUGUUUUUUUCCAGAUGUGGAAGAAGCUUCACUGUCUGCACUGCCUUAAUAAUUUCUCAGACCUUUUUUGGCCGUAGGAAUGGUUGAGUGAUUCGGGCAACACCCAGUUUUGCCAUUGUCGUGCCCACAAGGUUAAAAAGACACAAAUGCUGUCCAGUUUGUGGUCUGAGCUGCAUAAAGAUGUGUUGGAAACUUGCCUGGCAGUUUCAUUAAUUUUAUUUUCUUUUUAUGUCAGUUCAUCC